AUGGAUCACAUCGUGGCCCUAGAAAACCACGUCAAAAUCGGAUUUAGUAGUGGUCGUCCUACAACUGCCAUAUUUCUUGACAUAAAGAAAGCGUUCGACCGCACCCAACACGAUGGCGUCCUCUACAAAUUAGCAUGUCUCGGCAUCAACGGCCGUAUACUAAAAUGGAUUCAAUCCUUCCUUACCGGAAGAACCGCUCGGAUAAGAAUAGGUGAUCACCUAUCAGAAACACAACCAGUCACCAGAGGAGUGCCUCAAGGAGCAGUCCUCAGCCCUCUCCUGUUCAACGUCAUGAUGAGAGACCUGCCUCCCCCCCCAUCUGGCGCCUACACUCUUCAGUAUGCAGAUGACGUACUCGUCUACGCCAGUACCAAAAACGCAGUCGACGCGGAAGAUCUCCUACAACCCUAUUUAGACAAGCUGUACAGAUGGGGUGGUAAAUGGGGACUAGAAUUUCAAGCUGAAAAAUCUGCCCUACUAACCAUGUCACGCGCCCGCAAGUCUCCGCCCGGCCCCUUGCUGUUUAUUCAUGGCAACCGCAUUCCUAACGUUAUAAAGAAUAAGUUCCUUGGCCUCACUUUCGACCAAAAAUUAACUUGGUCUGCCCACGUUGAUACGGUAGUAUCCAGCUGCCUCCAAAAAAGGAACAUCUUCAUCCUUCUCACCAAUAAAAAAUUCGGGCCUAACAUCCACACACUAACGACACUUUUCAAAAGUAUCGUACGCAGCAAAGUGGACUACGGCGCUAUUGCCUAUGGAGGAACGAGCUCAACAAACAUUGCAAAAAUCGACAUAGUCUGCCGUGGAAUCCUCAGGAUGAUCCUGGGGGCUUUCAAAUCCACACCAGUGGACAUCAUAUAUGCAGAUUUAGGACUUGAACCGUUCAAAAAAAGAUGCCAAUGGCUCAAAGCACGCUACCUAAUAAAACUGAGCAAAAAACCAACCAAUUCAACAUAUCAGCCGGCCUAUCACCACAUCAAGAACCCCAAGGAAUGGCCCCCCAGAAGAAUUCCAAACAUUUCUCCAAUGCUCAGCGAGUUAGCUGCUCUUGAUCCUAAUCUCUUCAAAACGCUCCCCGACUACUUCGCCCAAAGAAAAAUUCCUCCGCCAUGGUCUUCUGCUCCUCAUAAGACGUCCUAUUUCCCAAUGUCAAAGAAGUUUGCACAAGUCAAUCAAAGUGAAGCCCGUGCAAAGAUGAGCCACGCCUUAAAACAUCUACCACACACAACUAUUAAAGGCUACACAGAUGGCUCCGUCUCAUCGCUCUCCACAUCAUGCGCCUACACCUUUCCCGAAAUUAAAGAACAAGGUGCCUGGUAUCUCACGCCUGGGUCUAACAUCCUAACUGCUGAGCUACAUGGUAUAUUCAAAGCCCUUGAAACCUGCUACCACCUAGACCCUGGACCCACGCAAGUACAAAUCUUUACUGAUUCACAGUCAGCCUUGAUGGCUAUCGAAGCAGCCACAACUCACUCACACAACCCUAUUAUACAUGACAUAUGGAAUCUCCUACAUUGCCUAAAAAAUGCAGGAACUUACACUCACCUUACAUGGAUCCCCAGCCACAUUGGCAUUCCUGGCAACGAAGAUGCUGACAGGUUGGCAAGUAACCUAGCCGACAUCCCAUGCACCAACAAAAUCAACAACACCCUGAUGGCAUCUGAAUUAAUUGAAAAAUACAAGAGAAAAUGGUUAGCAGAAACACUCACCGAGCUGAAACACUCUGGUAAAACCUGUCUCAACUCAAGGGACAGAUUGGGUGUCCUCGAGUGGCAUCACCAUCCCAUCAGAAAUAUCUCUAUUACCCUCCAUCGACUCAGAUCGGGCCACAAUAAGCUCAACUAUUUCCUCAGCAAGCUAGACAUGGAUGUCUCUCCACUAUGCCGACAUGGAUGCCUUGAACUGGAAGACACAAAGCACGUCCUUACAACAUGCAAACUCUAUUAUAAUCUCCAUGCACCAAUCAAACAAUUCUUCAUGGAAAAUAAACUUACCUGGGAUGUCAACACUCUCAUAGGCUUGAACAUGUCACUGGACAAAAGUAAACAACUCCAAAUCCGUUACGCUCUAGUCUCAUUCCUCUGGAAAUCCAAACUGCACCUGAUCAUCUAA